AUGCUACAGAUUUUCGCUGCAUUAUUUAACCACGCUAAUACGUUAAAAUUCCGCCGAUAUGUUGCUCAGAAUGUCCUUCAAACCCUGGGCGUGCCGUGCUACCCUGUAGUCAACACCGCUGCCACCGGAAGAACGCAAACAUUACUUACACUGUCUGCCGCUAUUAACGAGAUGCUUUGCAACUUUAAGAGGUUGCGGCAUGUCUAG